CUAACGGACUUUCUCUGUGUUCUUACCUUUUCUCUUAUUUUAUAUCUUUUCUCUCUUCAUCUCACAACAGCAUUCUCUAUUGCGUUAAAACAAGGAAUAUCUCUUGACGAUAUACAGACGCUGGGAAACUGGGUUGAUUCAAAGACAUUUCAGAACCAUUACCGACAGGAACACUUAUCGACAGUGGAUUUUACCAACCAAGUACUGGGAGUAGAUCUACCAAUGGUUCAGCUUGAUGAAGGCUCUAACAAUGAUGAAGAAAACCAGGAGUUUUUCGAUGCUACUGAAGGUUUUUGGUGUUUCUUACGAUGGAGCAGCAAUUUAUGUUUAUUGUUCUAUUUUCACCAUCUUUAA